AGGCGGUGAUGCGGGCGCUGGCGGCCCCGGCUGCGCCGAGAGCGGAGACACAGGCUCAAGAUGGCAGAUUCCGACUGAGGCUGGGGGGGCCGAGCUCGCGCGCCGCGUUCCCUUCUCCGUUGCCAUGAAUCGCGGACACCCCGGCCCCGAUGGCCCCCGUGUACGAAGGUAUGGCCUCACAUGUGCAAGUCUUCUCCCCUCACACCCUUCAAUCAAGUGCCUUCUGUAGUGUGAAGAAACUGAAAGUAGAGCCGAGUUCCACCUGGGACAUGACUGGGUACGGCUCCCACAGCAAAGUGUAUAGCCAGAGCAAGAACAUACCACCUUCUCAGCCAGCCACCACAACCGUCAGCACCUCCUUGCCGAUCCCAAACCCAAGCCUACCUUACGAGCAGACCAUCAUCUUCCCAGGAAGCACCGGCCACAUAGUUGUAACAUCAGCAAGUAGCACUUCUGUCACUGGGCAAGUCCUCGGCGGACCACAUAACCUGAUGCGUCGAAGCACUGUGAGCCUCCUUGAUACCUACCAAAAAUGUGGACUCAAGCGUAAGAGCGAGGAGAUUGAGAACACAAGCAGCGUGCAGAUCAUUGAAGAACAUCCACCCAUGAUUCAGAACAAUGCGAGUGGGGCCACUGUAGCCACUGCCACCACAUCGACUGCCACGUCCAAAAACAGUGGCUCCAACAGCGAAGGGGACUACCAGCUGGUCCAGCAUGAGGUGCUGUGCUCCAUGACCAACACUUACGAAGUUCUGGAAUUCCUGGGCCGAGGGACAUUCGGGCAGGUGGUCAAGUGCUGGAAGCGGGGCACCAAUGAGAUUGUGGCCAUCAAAAUCCUGAAGAACCACCCGUCAUAUGCGCGGCAGGGUCAGAUCGAGGUGAGCAUCCUGGCGCGCUUGAGCACGGAGAGCGCCGACGACUACAACUUUGUCCGCGCCUACGAGUGCUUCCAGCACAAGAACCACACGUGCUUGGUGUUUGAGAUGUUGGAGCAGAACCUCUAUGACUUUCUGAAGCAGAACAAGUUUAGCCCCUUGCCCCUCAAAUACAUUCGCCCCGUCCUCCAGCAGGUAGCCACAGCCCUGAUGAAACUGAAGAGCCUCGGUCUCAUCCAUGCCGACCUCAAACCGGAGAACAUCAUGCUGGUAGAUCCUUCUAGACAACCGUACAGAGUAAAGGUCAUCGACUUUGGGUCAGCUAGUCACGUGUCCAAGGCUGUGUGUUCCACCUACUUGCAGUCCAGAUACUACAGAGCCCCCGAGAUCAUCCUUGGUUUACCGUUUUGUGAGGCAAUUGAUAUGUGGUCCCUGGGCUGCGUCAUUGCGGAGCUGUUCCUGGGCUGGCCGCUCUAUCCGGGGGCUUCCGAGUACGACCAGAUCCGGUAUAUUUCACAAACACAGGGUUUGCCAGCUGAAUAUUUAUUAAGCGCAGGGACAAAGACAACUAGGUUUUUCAACCGUGACACAGACUCACCAUAUCCUUUGUGGAGGCUGAAGACACCAGACGACCAUGAAGCAGAGACGGGAAUUAAGUCAAAAGAAGCAAGAAAGUACAUUUUCAACUGUUUAGAUGACAUGGCCCAGGUGAACAUGACAACAGAUUUGGAAGGCAGUGACAUGUUGGUGGAGAAGGCAGACCGGCGGGAGUUCAUCGACCUGUUAAAGAAGAUGCUGACCAUAGAUGCUGAUAAGAGAAUCACUCCAAUCGAAACCCUGAACCACCCCUUCGUCACCAUGACACACCUACUCGAUUUUCCCCACAGUACACAUGUCAAAUCAUGUUUCCAGAACAUGGAGAUUUGCAAGCGUCGGGUGAACAUGUAUGACACGGUGAACCAGAGCAAAACCCCCUUCAUCACGCACGUGGCCCCCAGCACAUCCACCAACCUGACCAUGACCUUCAACAACCAGCUGAACACUGUCCACAACCAGGCUCCCACCUCCUCCAGUGCCACUCUUUCCUUAGCCAAUCCCGAAGUCUCCAUACUAAACUACCAAUCUGCACUCUACCAGCCCUCAGCGGCGUCCAUGGCCGCAGUGGCCCAGCGGAGCAUGCCGCUGCAGACGGGAACAGCCCAGAUCUGUGCCCGGCCCGACCCCUUCCAGCAAGCUCUCAUCGUGUGUCCGCCCGGCUUCCAAGGAUUGCAGGCCUCGCCCUCGAAGCACGCUGGCUAUUCCGUGCGAAUGGAGAAUGCCGUGCCCAUCGUCACUCAAGCCCCAGGAGCGCAGCCUCUUCAGAUCCAACCAGGUCUGCUCGCCCAGCAGGCCUGGCCAAGUGGGACCCAGCAAAUCCUGCUUCCCCCGGCAUGGCAGCAGCUGACCGGAGUGGCCACCCACACGUCUGUGCAGCACGCAACUGUCAUUCCCGAGACCAUGGCAGGCACCCAGCAGUUGGCUGACUGGAGGAACACCCACGCUCACGGCAGCCAUUACAAUCCCAUCAUGCAGCAGCCUACGCUGUUGACUGGUCAUGUGACCCUUCCAGCCGCCCAGCCCUUAAAUGUGGGCGUGGCCCACGUGAUGCGGCAGCAGCCAACCAGCACCACCUCCUCCCGGAAGAGUAAGCAGCACCAGUCCUCUGCGAGAAACGUCUCCACCUGCGAAGUGUCCUCCUCACAGGCCGUCAGCUCCCCUCAGCGGUCCAAGCGCGUCAAGGAGAACACGCCUCCCCGCUGCGCCCUGGUGCACAACAGCCCAGCCUGCAGCUCCUCGGUCACGUGCGGCUGGGGCGACGGGGCCUCCAGCACCACCAGGGAGCGACAGCGGCAGACGAUUGUCAUUCCUGACACCCCCAGCCCCACAGUCAGCGUCAUCACCAUCAGCAGCGACACAGAUGAGGAGGAGGAACAGAAGCAUGCCCCCACCAGCACUGUCUCCAAGCAGAGAAAAAACGUCAUCAGCUGUGUCACGGUCCACGACUCUCCCUACUCCGACUCCUCCAGCAACACCAGCCCCUACUCUGUGCAGCACCGCGCUGGGCACCACACCAACACCUUUGACACCAAGGGGGGCCUGGAGACCCACUGCACUGGGAACCCCCGCACGAUCAUCGUGCCACCCCUGAAAACCCAGGCCAGCGAAGUGUUGGUGGAGUGUGAUAGCCUGGUGCCAGUCACCACCAGUCAGCACUCGUCCUACAAGUCCAAGUCCUCCAGCAACGUGACCUCCACCAGCGGUCACUCUUCAGGGAGCUCGUCCGGAGCCAUCGCCUACCGGCAGCAGCGGCCAGGCCCGCAUUUCCAGCAGCAACAGCCUCUCAAUCUCAGCCAGGCUCAGCAGCACAUCACCGCAGAGCGCGCCGGGAGCCACCGCCGGCAGCAGGCCUACAUCACUCCCACGAUGGCUCAGGCCCCGUACUCCUUCCCGCACAACAGCCCCAGCCACGGCACUGUGCACCCCCACCUGGCCGCCGCAGCCGCAGCAGCCCACCUCCCCACCCAGCCCCACCUCUACACCUACACGGCACCCGCGGCCUUGGGCUCCACUGGCACCGUGGCCCACCUGGUGGCCUCCCAAGGCUCGGCACGCCACACCGUGCAGCACACUGCCUACCCGGCCAGCAUCGUCCACCAGGUCCCCGUGAGCAUGGGCCCCCGGGUCCUGCCCUCGCCCACCAUCCACCCGAGUCAGUAUCCAGCCCAGUUUGCCCACCAGACCUACAUCAGCGCCUCUCCAGCCUCCACCGUCUACACUGGAUACCCACUGAGCCCCGCCAAGGUCAACCAGUACCCUUACAUAUAAACACUGGAAGGGGAGGGGAGGGGAGGGAGGAUGGCCAGAGGGGAGGAGGGCGGAGGGGCAAGGUGGGAGCUGGGCUUUUUAUACUGAAGAUG